AUGGAUAUGUACUGCUUAUGUAACGUUCCUGUGCGCCGGCUUCACGGGAACGACAUUAGUACGGGGCAGGCCCUCAAAGGAGAAGAGGACAUGACUGUAAAGAUGCCUGAACUGGACCGGCUCACCCUCAAUGGAAGUUUGAACUUUCAGGAAGAUGAUUUUGAUCAGCUAUCUAUUGUUACAGAAACAGUAGCAACUUUUUCAGAAUGGAAUUCAGACAAUAGUUUUGAAGAUUUAGAAGAGGAGGAUGAGGCACCUCAAAUUGAAACUGUUGCUCGUCGUCAACAAUUAGUAGAAAACACAGCUUUUCAGAACUAUUUGUUACUUUUACAACAGCCAAUAGAUCAAGAAAACAGACUGGAUCCAUAUUCAUUUCAAAACGAUCCCCAGUGGGGUCCUGGGGAAGAAAGACCAAGACCCUUACCAGAUCCUAAGGGAAGACUACAGGAUCUUAGUUGGUGCAAAUGUAGGAAAUGUAAUCUCAUGACAUCAGUUGUUGAGAGUAUAUGCUGCACAGAAUAUGCUCAAGUCAAUUCUUUUUGUGAGGAAUAUGAAUGUGCAACCUUACAUCCCGACUUUACUACAUGUAUAUUAACCAAGAGAUGUUUAAAAAUCAAUAUGGUUUUUGUAAACGGGAUAACGGAGAGACAGUUGCAUAAAGAUGAAAAUAGACAAUACAGAUGGACUGCCUAUAAAGCAUUCACUGUGAUGAUCUAUGGCUUUCUUGGGGGGAAAAAUAGAGUACCUAUACCCUCCUGCGUCAUCAACAAAAUAAGAAAGACCUUUCCAGAUGUUGAUGCAACUUACACUGGUUUUCAGUGGUUUUCUGACUAUAAUGUAAAUAGUGCUCCAUUUGCACAGAACUUUUAGCAUUUCUUUUUUAAUGAUAUUUUUUUUCAUGUUGUAAAAUGUUAGUACUGUAUUUCACAAAUUGUAACCUUAUUGAAGAAAAAAUUUGCUACUCAAAUGAGGACUAUAACCAAAACCCUUUAUUCACCCUCUGUUGCCAGGCUGCAUAACUCUACAAAAUAG